AUGGGGAAACCACCGUUGCCUCCUGGUUUCCGGUUUUCUCCAACUGAUGUAGAACUUGUACGGUAUUAUUUGAAGAGGAAGGUAAUGGGGAAAAGGCUCCAUUUUAACUUCAUUGCAGAGGUCGACAUUCACAAGUAUGCUCCUUGGGAUCUUCCAGAAAAAUCUGGCUGGCAAAGUGGAGAUCUAAAAUGGUACUUCUUUUGUCCCACAGCAAGGAAGUAUCCAACUGGAGUUAGAGUGCAACGUGGCACCGAGUGUGGUUACUGGAAGUCCACGGGAAAGGAUAGAUCUGUUCUUUACAAUAGUGAAGUUUCCGGGUGGAAAAAAAUAUUGAUCUUUCAUAAAGGUCGAUCCCCAAAAGGAGAAAGAACAGAUUGGGUUAUGCACGAGUAUAGGCUUGAAGCUAAGGACCUGGCUGAUAGUGGUGUGCCACAUGACUCAUAUGUGAUCUGUAUGAUUUUCCAAAAAGAUGGGUUGGGGCCGAAAAUUGGUGCACAAUAUGGUGCACCCUUUAAAGAGGAAGACUGGACUGAUGAUGAAGCUGUAAUUUGUUCAGAAGCAAUCCCACAUGAAAAUAUGUCUGAGCCAAACCUUGUAGUGCCGAGCAACUGUAAUAGUUCCAUCACUACUAGCAGACAUUCCCCGAAGGGUAUACACACAAGUCCUUAUGAAUCGUGCAUAUCAGAUGUUUUACCACCUUCUUGCAAUGUUCACCAAUUGGUUUCCAGUAAUCAUGUUACAAUGGAGAAGCUUCGUGGUUCCAAUGAUGAUCUCCUGUCAAUGUUGAAUUGUUUCACUGAAGGAAGCACUUCCUUAAUGAAAGAAAAUGACAAAAAUGAGGAGCUUGGUAAUGUCAUUGCUUCUGGAAAUGCUAGUGCUACACCCAAUUUCAAUAGUGAUGAUAUUUAUGAAGAUUUAGGAGACUUGGGGAAGAUGGCUAGAGUGAGUGAAGAUGGAUAUAAUUUCUCCAAUGUGCAUAAUUCAAUCUGUGCUCCGGCUCAAAUGCAGCUAGGUGACAAUGAGCAAUUCUUGGAGCUGGAUGAUCUAUCUUGGUAA